AUGACGGGUCAGGUGGAUGGAGCUAUAGCCUCAAGCAAAAAUGAAAGUGUGAAGGCUCCACCAGCAACGGACGAGAAGGAACCGGAUGGGGAAAUCCUUCCAAAGCUCAGCGCGGCGGAAUUCAGGUCGUAUAACGGAAUAGCGGAGAAUAUGGCUCAUGUCCACGGCCUUUUCCGCCGAACAUGGCAAACCAUCUAUACAGCCUGCACCAACAACCAGCUCCCCUCAAACAUGGACGAAGAGGACUUCCUCAGCCUCACUAUGAACUUCUGCCACCAACUCUCCAUGCACCAUUCCAUCGAGGAGCAGCACGUCUUUCCGCUCCUCGCAGCGAGGAUGCCGGAUUUCAAACCCGAGCACGACACCGCUGAGCUGUUGGAGCAGCAUCGCCGGAUUCAUGAUGGUAUGGAAGUGCUUCAGGGCUACUUGGCCGAGGUAAGACUUGGGGAGACGGAGUUGGAGUUGCCGGUUAUGAAGGAGAAGGUGGUGUUCUGGGCCGACGUGCUGCUGAGACAUUUGGAUGACGAGGUUGUAGCGCUCGGGGCGGAGAAUAUGAGGAAGUAUUGGUCGCUGGCCGAGAUGAGGAGCAUGCCUAUGGGUAGAGGAGGAGGCUGGGGGGAUAGUACAAAUGGGAACUGA